CAUUCCACACACUCCACACACCGAGGGCGCGUUUCACAUACACAAAGCGAAGGCGAGGUCCUGAAUAGGUAGCCUGCAAAAGAAUAAGCAACGCCACAAAAGCGAGCAGCACAUUGAAGGGAGAAUACACACUGGCGACAGCUAUGGCUGCAAGUGCUCCGAGCGCAGACGACGUCCCCGUUGUCCCCGUCUACUCAGCGGGGGACGCAGAGGAGGAGGUGGAGUUCAAGCUGGACACCGAUGCCACGGCUUUCUCGGAGCAGAACGCCUACUUCCUAGCCAGGAUGUCCGCCCUCUGCUACCAAUCAAAGGACGAGGUUCGGAGCGCCAUGGAGACCCUCUCCUUCUGGGGGAAGGGCGCCGCAGCGGGUGACAACUUUCAGUGGUUUGAGGCCAACGAUGAAGUCGUCGAUAAAAGUACGUUUGAUGCCAUCCACGACACCGAGGCCUUUGUCGCGGUCAACGACGGAGCGAUAGUGGUGGUGUUCCGCGGCAGCAGCGGGGGCAGCGACUGGCUGACCAACUUCAGCAUUCUCCCGCGGGACGUCCCCAAGGAUUGGAAGCUCGAGACAACCGAGGGUGACCUGCACCGGGGCUUCGAUGAUGGCGUGAACACGGUAUGGAAUCCCGGCCCCGGCCACCCCGAAGGCAUGCUCGCGGUCAUCAAAAGGUUCUACCACGAGGAAGGCAGGAGCCGCAAGCUGUACGUCACGGGGCACUCUCUUGGAGGCGCCCUCGCAACGAUCGCCGCGGCCCGCUUGGUGUUCGUGGACGACUUAAACGUGGCGGCGCUGUACACCAUCGGUUCCCCAAGGGUUUUUGACUCGGAGGUGGCCGCCAUUUUCGACUCCAAGACUAACCACGGCACCCGCAUGAAGGACAAGUACUUCCGCGGCAGGAACAACAACGACAUCGUCACGCGCAUCCCUCCUUCUCCUUACAAGCACGUCGGCACGGAGGUCUACUUCGACCGAUUCGGUGCAAUUAGCACCACCAACCUGGUUGACCGCCUCCUUGGCCGGUGGAGCGCGAUGCUAAGGUUCUCCUUCAUCGACGGCGUCAACGACCACUCGCGCUCGGAGUACGUCAGGCUCUUCAAACAAGCAGUGAUAUCUUCGAGGCUGUCUCUCCUGGACAAGACCAGGAGCGUGGUCGUCGACGCGGUGCAGAAGGUCAUCCCCGUGAACCAAGAGGAAGUGAAGGUGAUGCAGGAAGAGGUUGAGGCCGCAAAGGAGGCGGCCUUAGAAGCAUCAACCUCGGAGCAAGAGUUCGUUCCUGAGAACAUUCCCGAACACCUUGUGCAACUUGAGGAUUGAUAACGAAGAUCCUCCCACCCCAACACACCCCCGGCACGCGAAGGGAGUGUACACGAAUGUUUCGACGUAUGCAUGUGUAAGGGAUUGUGUCCCUUGCUCUAUGGUUACACACUCGAGUUUUUCAGUGGUUGGCGCUCGCUGCCCCCAUGCAACAAGUAGGCAUUGCCACCUGCCUGACGCUGGGUGAAAUCCUACCGUUUGUCGUAGGCAAGAGAAGGUUGGGUUCAGUGCAGGUAUUACUGCCGGUGCCCGGUGCUUGAACAAUCGAUAUCGUGCACGCUACCGAUAAUUGCGCAGCAUCUGUAGGAGAUUCGCCCUCCUGAAGAAGUUUAUAUUUUGGACCCACGGAAAUUGGUGUACAUG